UUGUCUCGCCAUUUAUCGUUGGUUGCCCCCCAAAAGUUGAGGAUCACCGAUCCUACUGUGCUGUGCAUAACUAGCGAGCGGACGCUCCAACAACACCCACGUUAACACUCACCACAGGAUGUCUCGCCGCCGUCUGCAGCUGCUGCUUCUCGCCGCCGUCGUGCUCGUCCACGCCGCCGCCGACGGUUGCCGAGUGUUCCAGAUCGAGGAGGCCACCGUCGACGACAUCCAGCUCGGCUUCAACAACGGCAGCCUCACCUCCAGGCAGCUCGUGUUCUUCUACCUCGACCGCAUCGCCCGCCUCAACCCGCUCCUCCACGCCGUCAUCGAGGUCAACCCCGACGCGCUCGCGCAGGCGGCCGCGGCGUCGCCGUCGUCGUCGUCGUCGGGCAGCUGCUGCGGCGGGCUCCACGGCGUCCCCGUGCUCCUCAAGGACAGCAUCGCGACGCGCGACCGGCUCAACACGACGGCCGGGUCGCUGGCGCUGCUGGGCUCCGUCGUCAGGCGGGACGCCGGCGUGGUGCGGCGGCUCCGGCGAGCCGGCGCGGUGGUGCUCGGCAAGGCCAACCUCGACGAGUGGGCCAACUUCCGCACCAUCCAAGGCACCGGUGGCUGGAGCGCUCGCGGUGGCCAAAGCCGGAAUCCAUAUGUUCUAUCAGCUGCUCCAUGCGGUUCAAGCACAGGAUCAGCCAUUGCAGCUGCAGCGAACAUGGCGGCCGUGACACUAGGGACCGAAACCGAUGGAUCCAUACUCUGCCCAUCGUCGUUGAAUUCAGUGGUUGGGAUCAAACCAACGGUUGGAUUGACAAGCAGGGCUGGUGUUGUUCCUAUCUCCCCUAGGCAGGACACUAUCGGGCCAAUUUGUCGGACAGUAACAGAUGCCGUCCACGUGCUGGAUGCGAUUGUUGGCUACGACAGCCGUGACGCAAAAGCCACACGGGCAGCAUCAAAGUACAUCCCACCGGGUGGAUAUAGGCAGUUUUUGAAGCCUGAUGGAUUAAAAGGCAAGAGAAUAGGCAUCCCAAAUGGAUUUUUCAACUUCCCAAAUGGGACAGUGCAACAGAUUGUUUACCAGCAACUUCUCGACACAGUGAGGAAACAAGGAGCGGUUGUGAUUGAGAACCUAGACAUAGCAAACUUGGCUGUUAUACAAGAUGUCCUUAACAAUGGGGAACAGAUUGUGUUAGCAGCAGAGUUCAAGUCAAGCCUUAACACUUAUCUGUCAGACUUAUCCUACUCCCCAGUUCGUUCACUUGCAGAUAUAAUUGCUUUCAACAACGCACAUCCGAUUGAGGAGAGGCUAAAGAAUUUUGGGCAGCUCAUCUUCCUGGUAGCUGAGAAUACUACUGGCAUCGGUGCACUCGAGGGAGCUGUGAUCCGUCAACUAAACGAGCUUUCAGCUGACGGACUGGAGAAGCUGAUGCAGGAUGAGCAGCUUGAUGCAAUUAUCACUCCCAAUGACCUAGUUUCCACUGUUCUCGCCAUUGGCGGCAUGCCGGCAAUCACCGUACCAGCUGGAUACGGUAAGAUGGGAGUCCCCUUCGGAAUUUGCUUUGGUGGAUUGAAGGGCUAUGAGCCGAGGCUAAUUGAGAUGGCUUAUGCAUUUGAGCAAGCUACCAAGGUCAGAAAGGCCCCUAAGUUCUUGCACGGAACAUUUUAGCAACAUGGCAGACAUGUUUUUAACUAGUAAAAAGUAAUUCAUUGGGCUGAUCGUUUAUCGCAACUACUAUUGUUGAGCUUGGGAAUGCAAUUUAAAACACUGUUGCAGUGAAAACUUAGUGGAUUGUGAAAAAAAUAUUGGAGGGAGAGGUAUCCCUCCAAACAUUGUCUC